UCUCGGCUCCUCCUCCAGGAAGGCGGCCAGCUCAGGCCGAGGACGGGGGCCCCACGCUCGGAGCCGGCUAGUCGGGCCACUGCCCCGGCCGUUUAGGUCAGAGCCCCCGGAGGGCCGGGAGGGCCCCGCGACUUACCCGACCCACCCUGCGCCCUGAGCGGGUGGAGGCCCCGCGCCACGACCGUCGGAGGGCGAGGAGCGACCCCCCGCGGCCGCUCGCCUGCGCGCCCCGCCCGGAGGACCGCGACCUCUCCGCCCCCUCGAAUGCCCCGCCCUCCUGUCCCCGUCGGUCCCCACCCCACCACCGGCACACACACGGCACAGACUCUGGCUAGAGCCGCCGGUGGCGUCAGUGGCCCGGCUCCCGCGCCCGCUCCGGCUGUCGGGCGGCCUUAGCACCUGUCGGUCGGUGUCUCCCGGAGUGCGCGCCCCUGACGCCGUCGCGGCCCGGGAAGGCCAUGGUUUCCCUGCCCGGGCCCCCUGCUACCAACUUGCUGCGGUUUUUGUUCCUGGGGCUAAGUGCCUUUGCGACCCACUCGCGGGCCCAGCUGGAGGUGCACGUGCCCGCCGGCCUCCACCGGUUGCAGGCGGUAGAAGGAGCCGAAGUGAUGCUCCCGGCGUGGUACACCCUGCGAGGGGAGGUGUCCUCGGCCCAGCCCCGGGAGGUGCCCACCGUGAUGUGGUUCUUGGAGCAGAAAGGGAAGGAUCUGAACCAGGUGCUGGCAUACAUCGGUGGGGUCACGACGUCAAGCAAACCUGGAGUGUCCUUUGUCCACUCCAUGCCCUCCCGGAAUGUGUCAAUGAGGCUGCAGGGCCUCCAGGAGAAAGACUCUGGCUCCUACGUCUGUUCUGUGAAUGUACAAGACAGUCAAGGCAUAAGUAGGGGCCAUAGUAGCAAAACUUUAGAACUCAAUGUUCAGGUUCCUCCAGCUCCUCCAUCCUGCCGUCUCCUGGGCGUGCCCCGAGUGGGGACCAACGUGACCCUGAGCUGCCACACCCCAAGGAGUAAGCCUGCUGCCCAAUACCAGUGGGAGCGGCUGCCCCCAUCCUCCCAGGUUUUCUUUGCACCGGUUUUAGAUGCCCUCCGUGGGUCUUUACGCCUCACAAACCUUUCCACUUCCAUGUCUGGAGUCUAUGUCUGCAAUGCCCGCAAUGAGGUGGGCAGUGCCCACUGCAAUGUGACCCUGGAAGUGAGCACAGGGUCCGGGGCUUCAGUAGUGGCUGGAGCAGUUGUGGGCACGCUGGUUGGACUGGGGCUGCUGGCUGGGCUGGUCCUCUUGUACCAUCACCGAGGCAAGGCCCUAGAGGAGCCGGCCAACGAUAUCAAGGAGGAUGCCAUGGCUCCCCGGACUCUGCCCUGGCCCAAGGGCUCAGAUACAAUCUCCAAGAAUGGGACCCUUUCCUCUGUCACCUCAGCACGAGCCCUCCGUCCGCCCCGAGGCCCUCCCAGGCCUGGUGCACUGACCCCCACACCCAGCCUCUCCAGCCAGGUCCUGCCCUCCCCAAGGCUACCCAGGACAGAUGCAGCCCACCCUCAGCCAAUGUCCCUCAGCCCUGGUGGGGUCUCCUCCUCUGCUCUGAGCCGUAUGGGUGCAGUUCCUGUGAUGGUGCCGGCCCAGAGUCAGGCUGGGUCUCUGGUGUGACGGCCCAGCCACUCAUUAGCUAGGCCACCUGGGUUUGCUCCUGCCUCUAGGGGCCACUCCUAGCACAGAGGUCUGAGUCUUG